CACAUCUCGUGUCGUCAUCAUGACAUCACAGGAAUCUUAAAACUAUGUGUCGCACAGAAGUCGGCUUCAUCUUCAACUUCAUCCAGCAGUAGCUGACAGAAGUCAGAAAUGAGCUCUCGGGCUGCACUCCUUCUCUGGAUGUGUUUUGCGGGCAUGUUCUUGUACACAGUUUCAUCAGCAUUGCCAUCUUCAGAGCUGUCGAUUACAAAGUGUGUGAUUAUACAGUACACCAACAUUACCUGUUACUGGAAAACAACGAAUCUCCACCCGAACAACAGCAGCAGCUACAGACUUCAGAUUAACAAAACCACUUGCCAAAGUAGAAACGGCUUCAUCCCGGUGGGUGUCUGUGAAACCAGAGGGUCCAACUGCUCCGUUCAGCCCAUUGAUUCAGCCUUACACUGUUUCAAUACAGAUGUUUUGGCGUCCACAAGCAAUGGAUCCAUACGCUCGCCGCCGUUCUUCUUCGAAGGAGUCAAUGCAGUUCAGCUUCGACCUCCGCAGAUCACACAUCUCAGGCCUUCAGCGAAUCGCUCCGAGUGUUUGGAGGUGGUCUGGCGAAUUACUGAGAGCUUUCCUAAGAAAGAGAGGGUCUUCAUACGACUUCAGAUGGAGUACACAACACAUGGACAGACUCAAUCACAGAUUGUACAAGCGUUUCCCCAGGAGGCACUUCAGCUCUGUAAUUUACACCCAGGGUCGAAGUAUACCGUGCAACUGAGAGUGCAGGACAGGCGAGCGCAGGACCACUGGAGCUCAUGGACUUCUGUAGAGACCACCACAGCGGAGAGAGCUCCAUCUGUGGCUCCUCGAAUCUGGAGACAGAUCCAUCCUGCAGGAGAAGCUGGAAAGAGACGCCUCACUCUGCACUGGAAGGCUGUGUCGUGGCCGGAGGUCAAUGGUGUAGUGGUCAGAUAUUCAGCAUGGUGUCGCAGUGAGCUGGAUACCUCACACUGGAGCUGCCCUGCUAUAAAUGCCUCCAGAAGCUUCUGUGUGCUCUUCAUCUCUGAUCAUCCCUGUGUCUGCAGUUUAACAGCCAUCAACUCUGCUGGAGCUUCACCAGCGGCUUACAUCUCCAUCUUUGCAAACACACAUGCAGAUGAGCUCCCGCCACCUCAAAACAUCAGCGUCACCUCAUUGGACGACACUCGGCUUAAGGUGGAAUGGACAUCGACUUUCAACCAAUCAGAGAGCGGCUUCGUGCUGCAGUGGACAUCUGUGCCUCACAGUGGACCGAGUGAUCUGUACUGGGAACAGUUUAAUGAAACUGCAAGAAGUUUUAUAGUUACAGGUCUUCUGUCAGGAGUGCCAUAUGAUCUAUCAGUUGUGAGUCUGUUUGGACAACAGACCGGAGGUGAAAUAUCAGCCAUCGCUUUCACACAGGAAGCAGCGCCCUCUGUUGGCCCACAGCUGAAAGUGCUGAAAAUCUCCAGCAGCUCUGUUUCUCUCAAAUGGGAUCCUGUUCCUUUAGAGAAACUUCACGGCUUCAUUCGGCACUACAGCGUCCUGUGGAGUAUAAACGGAAAAGACAAAAAUGAGCAGGUGGGCGCUGGUGUUUGUCAGAUGUCUCUGGAUGGUCUGACUGCAGGAGUGUAUAAUAUCAGUGUAAAAGCUCACACUGCAGCAGGGGGCGCUGUCGGGCCGUGGCAGAUGGUGGCAGUUGGGCUUGAGGAUGUACAAGUGAUUCCCAUUCUGCUGUGUGCGCUUUUGCUGACUUCUCUGAUACUAAUAAUCGCCGUCUGCAUGAGGGUCAAGAUUAAACAGUGUUUGUGUCCGACUGUACCAGACCCUUCAAAAAGCAGCGUGUCCACCUGGUCUAACAGAAAACCAUCUCAGCAUAUGUUCCAGACCUCCUUCAUGAGCUCCAUCAUGUCUCUUGAUCAGGGCUACAGUGAAAAAGACUACGUCCCAGUCCAGGUCUUCCCCUACCACACCAUUAGCCACCAUGACAACAAAAACACCCAAACCAACACCUCCAACAGCUCCUCCACUAUAACAUACCUGGAGCCCAAACUCCAAAAAACAUUCCCAGCAUUUUUCCCGAACCAGAGCUACAGCAUACCAGACCCGAUCCUUCCUGCAGGAUAUAAACAAGACCCCGCCGAUCUCCUGUUUGAGUCGCUCCUGGAUCAUCAAGACAAUCAUGCAAAUUCAUGCACCGACCAUGCAGAUUUAUGCGGCUACAUGCAUGUUUCGCAGAGUUACGCACCAUUCGUGACAAUUGUUGAUUCGUACCGGAUUCUGGAGCCGCAUGAGCUUCCGCAGUCUGUGCAGGUUUUAUCGGAUGAUACCAACACAUAGUUUAUCUUGCCGUAAAAACAAUAACAAUAAGUCUUACAUGACUUUAACCAGCAGGGAAGACAUAAGCCCUCAUAUCAAACACCAUCUCUGUGUGCUUUCAGAUCCACAGAUACACCCCGGGAGUGCAUGAAGGCCCCAAUUCACUCAUGAUGAAGCUAUUUUGUGCUAUUUGUUUGGGGUAAAUUGAGGUUUGGAAAUCUGCAGUGGUUAGCAAACAUGCUGAGGACGGAGAUUAGACGAAUAUGUAAAUAAUAUGUGAUGAAGGCUUUCCUCUCAGUAACAAAAGAAACAUACGAGAAACAUUUGGCAAGCUGAAUAUGGCAAGCUGAUUUAAUGUUGAGUUAAAAAUAAAGUCACUAACAUUUUUUAGAUGCUAGUAUCAGUGUGUUUGUGUAUCUAUAAGCUAGUGCGGUACAAAACAGUGAUAAAAUUCACAUUUGGAAGAUAUGAACUUCCAAAGCUUGUCUGUCACUUUCGCCUAGUUUUUUCCACGCCACCUCAUACUUCAGUUUCUCAUCCAAUCUUCUGACCAAUCAAAUGCUCUCUAGUAUCUGACAUGCCCUGACCCCUUGAAGAUGCAACUCAUUUGCUUUUCAUUUGAUGCGCUUGAGCUCAACCACUCCCAUUGCAAAAAACAAAACGCUGUUUUUUAAUAAAGGGGAGGAGCCACUCUAUGUCCCGCCCUCACUUCAUGUUUCAGUUGAGAUUACGGCAAACGUUGUAUAAAAAUGCACAUUUCAAAGCACUUCAUGGGACCUUUAAAGGUGACAUUAGAUGGCCAUUUUACACAAGUUGUU